AUGGCGUCAAUUGCGAUCCCUGAAGAAAUUAUAAGAAAAGCCACAGAAGCACCAAACGUGUUCACCUUCGCUGAAUUACACGAUCUAGACUCCAUUAAAGCCUUGCCUUCAAACUCAGAGCUAAUCAAUUUACUUAAUCUCUUCUGCUAUGGAGUUUACGGAGACCACAAAGGUGCUCCCAUUCCUCCCCUUUCAGACCUUCAAAUUCGCAAACUUCGUCUUCUAACGAUCCUUACUGUAUGUGAAUAUCGCCAUAGCAUCUCCUAUGACGAUCUACUGAAGAGCCUCGAACUUACUUCACUUAGGGAAUUAGAAGACCUUAUCAUCGAGCUAAUUUAUGCAAAUGCACUUAUUGGCAAACUUAAUCAACAAAAGCGACUUCUCCUAAUUGAAUCAGCCAUUGGUCGGGACUUCAGACGGGAAGAUCUUCCGAAAGUGAAGUACGAUCUGAAUUCUUGGUGCAAUCGAGUUAAUAAAUCUUUGAAAGAUUUAGCCGAUAAUUUGAACGCCGCAUCAGCUUUAAAAGCUGAAUAUUUGGCUUCCAAACCCGCCGAAUCUGGUAAUACAAAUAACAACGCCUGUCAGGUCGUUGAGAAAAUGGAGGUUGACAAUGGUGUGGGUGAAGAAUCGUGUUCCAUAUCCGAACCAUCUUCGUCGUUCAGUGACAAAAGCCGAAAGGGUCCCUUGCGAGUACUUCAAAAGGGCCGUAAAGGACCAAGAUGA